UUCCCCUGGAAACUUUCAAGACAAAGUGACGUUUGUAAAAUAGUGUAAUGCAUACGAUUACAAGCAUUUAUGGUUUAUUUAUUACCAGGAUAGUGUAACUUACCCAUUUUCUCGUAAAAUUUUACGUCUUUGAUGUGCACAAUCAGUGUUUAUCCCGGCCAGGCUGUGGUUUUUACAUAAAUAAUGAAUUACCUCGGAGACAAUGCAGGUUUGGGGCUCACGAGCGAACAAACCGAAAAAGUAUUACAACUGCAGGAUCUCACGGGUAUCGAAGAUAUGACAAUAUGCAGAGACGUCCUGCAAAGGCAUCAGUGGAAUUUAGAGGUGGCCGUACAAGAACAACUGAAUAUCCGAGAAGGUAGACCCUCCAUUUAUGCCACGGAAAGUAGGCCUCCAGCUGUUAUUAACGAUUUGUUGGGACAACAUAUAUAUUAUUCUAUGCCGCGAGAUGGGGGCGGUGGAGGUGUUCUGGGUUUCGCGAAAGCCUUGUUUAAUUUCUUUUAUAAUAUCUGCUAUAGUACUAUUUUGGCCUUAUUUCAAAUUGGCAGACGGAUGAUAAGAUAUGAACCUGAAAGGCCCACUGACCCCUUAGAUGAUGUGCUUGGUUUUAUUAGAUUAUAUCAAGAGAAAUAUACAGAUAACCAUCCAGUUUUUUAUCAAGGGACUUUCUCACAAGCUCUUAAUGACGCUAAAAGGGAAUUACGAUUUCUUUUGGUGUAUUUGCAUAAAGAAGACCAUAAUGAUGCAGAACUGUUUUGCAGGGAGACACUAUCGCAUCCAGAAAUCAUCCAGUACAUCAACGCCCGUUUCAUUUUUUGGGCAUGCAGCCAGACGACCCACGAAGGCAGACGCGCCCAGAGCACGAUUAAAGCCGGUUCCGCUCCAUUUUUGGGAGUUCUAGUUUUACGAGAUAAUAGUAUGACCGUGGUCGGUCGAAUGGAGGGCUACUGUGAUCCAACGCUCCUCCUCCAACGACUCAAUACCGUGGUUAGCGAUUUUGAAAUAAGUCUCGUUCAGACGAGAGCGGACAGGUACGAGGCCAGCUUGAACCGGUCACUUCGAGCACACCAAGACGAAGCAUUUUUGGAAAGUCUGAGAGCGGACCAAGAGAAAGAGCGUCGUAAGGAAGAAGAACGUCUAGCUAGGGAGGCCGAGUUAAGGCGGGAAGAGGAGGAAGCAAGGGCCGAAGAGGAGCGUCGGCAGAGCAUCGCUAGGGAAAAAAUCGAGUCGGUAGACAAAGUACCGGACGAACCCGAUUCCCAGCAUCCGGACGCUGUUCAUGUAGUUUUCAAAUUACCAUGCGGAAGUCGCAUCGAGCGUCGAUUCCUAAAGACACAUUCCUUGGAGGCCGUCUUUUACUUCGUGUUUUGCCAUCCCAACUCUCCGGAUUCGUUUGAAAUAACUACAAACUUUCCCAAGAGAGUACUGAAGUGUAAACCAGAAAUUCCAUACGAACGAGUGCUGACUCUAGAAGAAGCAGGACUUAAGAAUAGAGAAGUACUGUUUGUUAAUGAUUUGGACGCCUAGUAUUUAUAUUAAUAAAUUUAUUUAUGUUGAAAAAUCAACUCAUCACUUCUAAUCAUAAGAAAAGUCUUUUCUACUAUUAUUUAAUUACUGUUUAAUAAGUGUUGUUUUUUUCCUAAUUAGUGAGUUAAACGUUGUUAUUGAAGAAGAAAAAAUAAGAAAUAGUUAUUUUACUAAGUGGAGAAAAAUUCAAUAGAUUUUACAUGUUGAGCAUUUAAAAUAGCAACUUGUGAUUUCAUUUCAAUAAGUUUUGAUAUAAUUAAGGAGAAUGUGCAUUUCCCCAUUUCCAUAUAUUAUGUAAAUAUUGUAUCUAUCAAGACAAAAUAAAUCUGUAAUUAUUUA